GCUCUAAAUAUGGCGACAACGAGCCUCUCAAAAGAAAACAAAUCAGAUUGUCAUCUAACAGCAGUAAUCGCGAUUCUCAAAAGAUCAGCAAGGGACAUGUACACGCCUUGCAAUGUCUAAACAGAAUGGAAGAGUUAAGAGCGAGCGAGAUCCUUUGUGAUGUUGUUUUGGAGAGCAACGACGGAAAACUUUUCAAAGUGCAUAAACUUGUUUUGGCUUCCUGCAGCUCGUACUUUCAAGCCAUGUUCACGAAUGAGAUGAGGGAAUCCAGGGAGAGCAAGAUUAAAAUGGCCUUAGAGUCGAAUGUUUUGAAAGUUCUGGUAGAAUAUGCUUACACCUGCAAAAUGGACCUCAAAUCUCUGGCUGAUGUCAAAGAUGUCUUGGUUGCCGCAAACAUGUUGUUGUUUUCCGGAGUGGAAACUGUUUGUGUGGAUUUCAUUAGCAAAAAAAUCAGCAAGAGCAACUGUGUCGAUAUACUAACAUUUGCUGAAGCAAUAUCAAGUGAGGAAUUAUUAAGAAAUGCGUUUGAAUACAUGGAGAGGAACAUUAUGGAAAUUAGUUCUCACAAAGGUAAUGUUUGAGGGUAGUCAGAGACGAGAAUUUUGGCUCACUUCCUUGGAGGGAAGGGUCUAGGAGUUAAAUUACAUGUAUAUUUAUGUAGGGAGGAGAUUCAAACGAAAUUUAUGGCUUAAUACAGACAAAAUUUUGCUUUUGAAGGGGAAAAAAUUUUGUAUAGUGCACAUUUGAUUUUUUUUUAAAGAAUAGCAAGAUUUAUAUUUGAAAUUAAGUUCCUGAAAAUGAUGUACUAGAAAUUUUGGGAGAAGAAAAGUAGCUUAAGGUAUUUGCUUCUAAUUGAAGAAAUGUAGUUAAAAGGUUUUUAGAGAUAUCAUUUGGCUUUCAUUCACAACUGUUUGUCACUUUAACUCUUACUGCUAAUUCAUAUUCAAAAAGGUAGGGUACAUUUUAGUGGAUUGCAAAGGUCCUUGUUUUAGAACAUCUUUUGUGUGGAUGGGUCAAAAAGAUAAAUGGAUUAAUUUGUUGAAUAGGAAAACCAAUGCUUACAAUGGAUCUUCUUGGAAACAGGGAACAUUUAGACUAUCACUCACCCUUAUCUUAGUUUCUUUUCUGGCCACAGAAAAAUUAAUUAUCAGUUUGUUCUAUGUUAUUUGUUAAUUCUGAUUAACAAAUGUAGGGGUUCUACUAACAUUCAUAUUACAAGGUAUAACUUUAAUUUCUCUUGGUUACAGGUUUCCUCUCCUUGCCUGCAAAUCUGAUGACCAAACUUGCAUCCUCUGAAAAUCUGAACAUUUGCAGUGGUGAAGAGGGACUUCUAAAACUUGUUUUGUCAUGGGUAAAUCAUGAUCCCGAUAGCCGAUUUCCACAUGUUCCUGAUGUAAUAAAAAAUGUGCGACUUCCUCUUAUUCCAAGAAAUCAUCUGAUACAAUGUCUUGGAACUGAAUUUGAAGUACUCAAGAAACAUGGUAAGUCAUGUUAAAAAACAUUCAAGCUAUUUCAUAGAACCUGGAAAUAUUACAGUUGUGCGAAUAACCUUCUAGAAUUGCCAGAUAUUUCAACUUUAAUCCAUUGCUUUUGCCUUUUUUAUUUUGUUAUACCUUUUGAAAGGUUGUCAAGCUCUCAUAGAAGAAAUAGAUAACUAUCAGCUGCAUCCAGAGAAGAGGUGUUUUAUUCAAACACUCCGAACACAACCCAGGCAAAACACUCCUAAAAAGCUGUGCAUAGCAGGUGGCCUGUCGGGAUUUGACAGUCCUGAUAGAUAUUUGAACAGAAUGGACUACUUCUACUUGGAGGAUGAAGAGAAAUGGGGAGAAAUGCAGUCAAUGUCUGUUGCCCGAGAAUCAGCAGGUACUGAGUGACAAAAGUGUGACUUGCUAUGAGAAGAAAGAUCUUGCUCUCAUUGUUCAAUUUUCUCCAUUGUAAAGCUCAAAAUAAUAAUUUCCACACCUAAUUCUGAUUCAGUAGAACCUCACUGGGUUAACAAGAACCUUCUGCUAACUCAAGCUAAAAGUUGAAAGGUCUCAGUGCCACAAAAGUCAAAUUAAUCAUAUGUGUACACAUGAUAUGUACUUGCCCUAUCUAAUUCAAAUGUUGUUUUUCAUAGCAAGGAAAGCUGUCUCCAAAUGCUAAUUUAGGCUUGAAUGGGGAACAGUGCAGUCUAGCAUGUUAACCAGUUUUUGGUCAGCAUAUUCCAAUAUGUCCUAACAUUGUCAUUGUAAUCUCCUGAUCACUUUUCAGCCGUUGUUAAACUCAAUGGCCUCAUCUAUGUGAUCGGUGGGGUUAGUUUCACAGCUAACCUUGGCUCUGUUGACUGCUACAACCCACAACUGGACUCAUGGAGUGAACUUCCACCACUUAAACUUUGCAAGGGGCAAGUGGCUGGCACUGUAUUCAGUGGAUGUAUCUAUGUGAUUGGGGGAACAGAUGAUUACCUCAGGGAAGGUCUGAAAACUGUAGAGAAGUACGACCCAUUUACUAAUGAAUGGGAGGUGAUCACGCCCAUGCACACGGGCAGAGGAGCUCUUGGUAUGUAACGAUACCCUUUUGUCCUUUUUUUAUGUUUUGCUUAAAGGUUACAGCAAGUUAUACCAUUCCUCUGAGCCAGCACUCUUAUAACCAAUUUCUCCUAAGAAUGUCAGCAUUCUUAUUACCAAUUUAUUCUAAGAAUGCUCUUCCAAGAAAUUUUGCUCCUUCCAGGUAAUGAAUUACGUUCUUGUUAGUAUUCGUCCCUGUUUACUUCAUCUAAAUCAGUGAAGCAAAAUUGGCAUCCGAAUACAAAAAAGCCUAACGGUGGGCCUCUGAGUAGGUUCUAUCAACAGCUAAGACCAUUAUCAUUACAAUAUUAAGAUCAAUACUGGUGUCAUUUUCCCAGGUGUGGCUACGCUAGAAGGCAAAAUAUACGCUUGUGGCGGAGCAAAUUUCAAUUUUGCGUUCUCGUCCGUUGAAGCCUACGACCUGCAGAAAAAUCGGUGGCAUUCUGCUCCGCCCAUGAAAAGAGCACGAGCUUUUCAUGACGUGGUCGUUGCGCACGGUUGUCUGUACGCGCUUGGAGGCGCUGAAAUGCAGAAUGGUCAGAUAGCAAACGUUCAAGCCUCGGUAGAGAAAUUUUGCCCACAAACAAAUCACUGGACUAUUAUAAAAUCUCUGAACCUGCCUGCCUGGGGAAUCAGAGCUGCAGUUAAUGAGAGACCACGUGAUCAGGACGUGGAUGUUUACAUCGUUGGACAGUUUGUUGUGGGAUCAGAUUACGGUGCGAUAGCCAGACUCUGCCUUGGUGAUGACGAUACGUAUAUGCUUGUGCGCGUUCCGUAUGUCGACGAACCAUCACCUAGGAUUCAGGCAGGAGUUGUCAUAUUGCCAUGAAGGUAUUGAUAUGCAGAAUAUAAGAACAUUUUAUUUAAGACUUACGAGAAGUCUAACUUUAUCGCACACUUUACAAAAAGUUCACAUUUACCGCUUGCCAAAGUAAAGGGUGUGUCUAGACACCCGUCUCCUUAAAGGAGACAUUGAAAAUAUACCAUGGAACAUAAAGACAAGCUGGCCGAUGUUAUUGUAUCACUCAAAGCGAAAACUGCUAUCUCCUAUGGCCUCUACAUUUAUUCCUUGGGUCAGACACUGGGCUGACUUGCUUACUAGAGCUCUCUUUCCAUUGGAAUAAACAGUGAAUGCGUUUUUUGAGAAGGUGGAUGAGAGGGGCUUUCCCGCUCACGAAGUUCCCGAUUUUUGCGACUUAGAGGUCGGUAAGGGAGUUAGAAAUCGGUGAAAGCAACAAGGAAAAAAUAUAUUCAUAGAAGUAACUGAGCUGAAAUUUCCCCUAUUAAUCAGAAUUGGGUUGAAAUCUCAGCAUGGUGAUGAAAUUUCUUGCAUGAAAACGAAACAGAAUUCAUUCUUCCAACUAGGUUGGAGUAUUUAUAUAAAGAGGACGUUAAUCAAAUUAGUCUCGUUUCGUUGGUUCCUUCCUUUCUCACUUUGCUAUUAAAAGUAG